AUGGAAACAAAUAUUAUCCCCGACAUACCUUCUCCAUCACUCGAUGAUGCAAAGCAGAGCGUCAUUGCAACCACCGCGAUUCAGACUCCGCGUUCAACGAGUCCGGCAUCACUAACACGGUUGUCAACACCGUCAGAUGCCACACAUUCCUUGGCCCUUCCACCCACGGCCCUUCCACCCACGGCCCUUCCACCCACGGCCAUUCCGAUCACAAUACAUACGAGCCCAACCCUUGCACCUAUCCAGCGGUUCGCCAAGGUGAACUCUGCCGCCGGACUCACCGAUCCCUUCACCCUAAUCACCAACGAAGAGAGCUACAACAUUCCCGCCAGCUCUAUUACCCUUUCGCAUCUCUUCACCUCUAACUGUACGCGAUGCAACCAGAAGCUCUCCAAAGGCGCCAUUCUCGUAGAAGCUGGCGAUUUCGCUGCCGUCGCCUGCUGGGAGCCGCCAACGUGCACGGCGAAGAUGGAGGCUAGCGAUGACGAUCUUUCGUUCCCAGAUCUCGCCGAGCGACCCAUUAUGCAAGGGUUUGCACGGCAGUCAGCGGAUUGGCGAAGGAGGACGAUGCGCGGGAGGGAUUACUGGCAUUUGACUUUGAUGGCACGCGAUCCGGAGCGGGGGGCUGUGAGAGGUGCAGUGCGUGCAGUACUGGAAGCGGGAAUUUAUUGGGCUGGGGAGCAGAGAAUGCCUAUCUGGUUGGAGGCAGGUAAUCAGCGGGCCAGAGACGUGUACGCGGCUUUUGGAUUUACGGAGCUCGGAGUUACCUGGCACGGCGGCUGCGAGGGCGUUGGGGUGCCGAUAUGGAUGAUGGUCAAAGAGCCUUCAUAG